AUGGCACCAAAUACCAACGAUUUCCUGGUCUAUUACCAGACGAAUACUGCCAUCUGGAGCACCGUCUCGCUUCUAAAUGUUAUUAUCGGCUUCAUGGUUGCUGGCAUCACAGAAGAGUUUUCGCUUCUCCUCCUGGUGCCAAUUGCCAGCUCCGCUGGGAGUGCUCUAGGUGGUUUGUCAUACUUCGCCUACUGUAACCACGAGCACCCGGUCGUGAAUAGGGCGGUUGCAGCCGCGUUUACGAAUCUUGGUUGGAUGAUUUCAGAAGGUAUGCAACCCUUCUACAGCUAUUUGAUAUUGGUGCCUAUCCUGCAUAGCAGGGAGCGCAAGAUCUUCGUGACGCUCUUCUGGGUGCUGAUGCUCCUCUUUGCGGCUCUCCGUGUUGUCGUCAACGUGAUCGAGGUGCUCUUCAUCCUCGGGGAAAUACCCGAGGCCCUGUUCCAGGCCGUCAUUACCAAACUGGCCAUGGCCUGCUUCAUGGCUAUCGCGUUGGCGGAAUGCACAUCAUCCGUGUUCCUUCUAAAGACGUUCGUCUUGGCGCUCCGGUCAUCAAGGACAGGCCCCCUGAGCGGCGGAAGGUUAUAUCGCUUCCUCAUCCGCAGCACCGAGAUCCGCGUCGCCACGCUGGCAUUUGUUGGCAUCGGGCGCACCGUGACGUACCCGUUGCGGGCAGACUCUUCUAACACGGAGAUACCGUCAAAUAGCGUCGAUAUUAUCGCCUCACGCCUUGUGUUCGAGGGCGAGAGGAGGGCGAGAAGCAGCAACCUCAGCAGCGAUAUGGUGGUACAGUCCAUGAAGGUGCCCCGUUUGGCUAUUCAGGACAUGGAGGCCGACAUCGACUCUGAAUACCACGAUGACAUCGAAAUCUUUGCUGAGCGCAGCGUCAAGGGCCCCAGUUCGGCCAAACCAUCUGAUGACAACGCAAACUCGCAGGAGAACAUCACGGAGAAGGCCGCGGCCGUCGUCAUCACAAAGACCGAGAUCGCUGCCAGCGAUGCAGGGGACGCGAUGUGCCAGCGUAGCAGCGCCUGA